GACAUUUCUAACGUAAACGUAAAUCGGAAACGGAUUACUGAAUCCGUAAAUGUUAUUUGGAAAUAAUGGUCUAAGGGAGAUACUAUUGCAUUACUAUUGGAUGAAAUUGUUUCCCAUAGACCACAAAUUAGCCUAAAAUUUUACGGAUUCAGUAUUCCGUUUCGUAAUUACGUUUACGUUAGAAAGGUCUAAUACUACUAAUACGUUUAAUUAAACGUAAUUAAAGUGUGAAAAUCCGCGAUAACGGACUGCCGGGACUAGACUGAAUUGACACGUUUACAGUAUAUUUCCAAAUAUGCUUUAUUCAUAAAGUGCGAUUUUGUCUGUAGUAUUACAACAUCCUGUUGUUUUUUUCUUUUGCCUAUCGUUUAGCAAAUCAAACCCGGUUUAAAAUAAAUACUUGUUACGCCCGUGUAUUAUUUGUCAUUGCAAAUCGAAAGAGGAAGUGUAUUUAGAAACUUUAUCGUUUAAAAUGGCGUCGAGUGGAGAGGACACAUCCGAUGAAAUGUUUAAUUUCAAAUGUACUGCUUGUGCUAAAAGAAAUGGGAAUAAGAAAGCAGUGAAAUAUUGCGUGGAAUGUCAGGGCUAUUGUUGUCAGGCAUGUGUAGAUACUCAUGAGGUUUUUCCUACUUUAGUAACUCACACUCUUUUAGACAGGGCAAGUUUCAAGUCGGAAUUCACGACUGAUCUACCAGAAAUACCAACACAAAGAUGUACCAUUCAUGAGACAAACCUGAUGAACAUGUACUGUGAAAACCACGACGUCGUUGGAUGUACCACUUGUAUAGCACUGGAACACAGGGUCUGUACCGACGUCCGCUCUAUACAAGAUGAAAUUGGCAAGCUUUUCAGACAAUCAGAUUUUGAAAAAGUAUGUCAGAAUUUAAGAGAGAAGAAAUCGGGAAUCGAGAAAUCAAAGGAAGCAAACAUCGCGCUUCUUGACGAAUUGAAUAAGUCGAAAGACGAAGCAGUGAAAUCAAUAAAAGAUUUCCGGAAAGAUCUUGAACUUUGUCUGGAAAAAAUGGAAUUGGAAUCAAUAAAAAUAGUGGAAGAAGAAUUUCACAGAGCUGAAUCGAUUUUAAAGAAUCAGAUGGAUAAAUUAGAAAAUGAAGUGGGUAGAUUGGAAAAAGCUGCAAAUGAUGUGGAGAAGUCUGAAGGGAACAAAGCACAACAAUUCGUCUCAAUAAAAGCAGCACAGAAGCUUGUAGCUGAAGCAGAAGCAGAUUUUAACACAGUGGAUUCAGUAGUUGAAGCAAAGAUGGUAUUUGUUAUAAACCAAAAUAUACGUGAUUCUCUAAAGCAACAGCUGACUUUCGGUUCAGUUUUCCCUGUAACUUCAAAGCAAAAGCGAACAACCAUCUACACAAUUAAAGGGAUGAGGGAAAUGGAUAUUAGAACGCAGAAUGACACCCACCAAGGAGAUAUACAUGGGUCUUGUAUAACAGAAGACGGUUUACUUUUGUUAGCUGAUUGUGACAAUAAGAAGCUGAAAGUUGUGGACAUUGUUAAAAUGUCAGUAGUUGAUCAGUGUAACCUUCUUGGCAACCCUUUUAGUGUUUGUUGUGCCAAACCACAUGAAGCAGUGGUCAGCUUUAAUAACAACACCAUUCAAUUUAUUUCCCUAAGCAACCCGAUUUCACCUAUGAAUCAAAUCAAGCUUGGUCAUUCUUGCUCUGGCCUGUGCAGCUAUAAAGAUAGAUUGUAUAUAACUGACAAGUGUAUAUCGCUUUACAUACAUGACAUGGCGGGAACUCUGCUGCAGACAGUAUCAAAAGACAACUCCGGAAAUGACUUGUUCGCAAACUGUCAAAAGAUAGCUAUCUCUGAUACUGGAGAUAAAAUAUUUGUAACUGACAGUAAGAAAGGAGUGGUUACUGUCGAUACACAGGGGAAGCACAUUGAAACAUUCAGCGAUACAGGUGUAACCAAUGCUUUGGCAGUGUGUACAGACUACAAGGGAAAUCUAUUCGUGUGUGGGAAUGCGUCAAAUAAUGUAGUACAAUUAACUCAAAAUGGAAAGGAAAAGCUUGGUGUGGUCGUGCAAAAGUCUGACGGAGUGCAAAAUUCAUUAUCUAUUUCUUUUGAUCCGAGACGGUGUACGUUGAUAGUUACUCAGUGUGGCAAUGACAAAGUAAAGUUCUUUGACUUGCAGUAGCCGGCUUAAAAUACACAAAUGCUAGUACAUAAGAUGGGCUAAACCGCUUAUUCACUUAGUUCGUUCAUGUAUGAAAAGUACUUAAUAUUAAAUUUCCUGCUUUAUUGUAAAUACAGUGAAAGUUUAAUAAAAGCAAAUUCUAGUACCAGCAAAUAAGUUGUUGUCUCGAAUUCAAAUAUUAAGAAUAGGAAGACUUAUGUGAAGGAAACACUUAUUUUUGAUUUUGUCACAUUCAACCAUUAUAUUCCAGACUAGGUAAUUAUUUCAGUAUUAUGUCUAUCUUACUUGACUUUCAUUAUCUAUAACACGUGCAGCAAAUGGAGAUAUCAGAAUCAGGCAAACUAUAAGAUGAGUAGAGAUGCUGCCAUUUUUACAAACAAGGCCUAUACUCGGACUGCAUGAUUUCCAAUUUGAAGUUAAUAUAGAAGCAACUGUUUUUAGCAUAUGGAGAAUCAGUCAGUAAAACCAGCUGUCAUCUAAUAUAGAUAAAAUGCCAUGUUGGAACGAAUAAUAAAAAUAUACCGGUAUAAAUCGAGAAGCUUUAUCUUGGAACCUAAACAGAAAAAAGUUAAAGUUGAUAGAUUUUGCCCUUGGAACGAGACCUACAAGAAUAUAGUCGACAUGCUAUUUUUAGAGAAUCGAGAUAGGAAAAAAUAAAGUCUAUAUUCUUUGUCAUACGAACAGAGUAGAAAAAUAAAGGUAGAAUGUCAGAUA